AUGUUAGGUAAAGACUCCCGGACUGAAAACACCAUUAAAUCGGUCAAUGGAAAGCUCUAUAAAUUGGACUUCCCCUACAGGAUACGCACAUCUCCCCAGUCUAGGUGGAAACCCAAAUCUGCCAAGCUCAACGGCUCUUUGACAUCCAUCAAUCGGCUUUUGUUCAACGUUAUAAUCUCAUUUUCAUUUCAGGUCACGUGCGUAUUUCUUUUAGAUGUAUCUGGAUUUCUUGAUAAUUCCAUGAGGUCAUUGGAUUGGAAAAUUACUCUAACAACUCUUAUAGUUUUGCUUUCCUACGUUGUCCCCAGCUGGACGUUUCAGUGUUACGGUUACAUCAAAUAUGACUCUGAAAACCAGCAUCAAAUAGCCACUAAAAGAUUCGCUCUAUCUUAUUUAAUGGUCCUUACAAUUUGGAUCGUGGCCAUAAAAAUUUACUCCUCCAUUUUCAUUGGAACAUCUUCUUUGAUGAGGUUUUCUCAAAGAGCUUUCUAUGGAAUCUCUGUUUUGGGUAUCAGUUGCCUUGCUGCUUUGAAUGGUACUGGUUGUAUUAGCUCGAUAUUUAGUUUGACACGUGCUCAGAAACACGUGACCAAGGAAGAUAUUUCCAAGAUUGUUGAAUCUUUGAAGAGUACUGAAGGGAUGAUUGACAGCAGACGAAGCAUGGAGACGGAGUUAAGACUACUUGAGAGUAGUUAUGAUGAUUUAGUUCGUAGAUUAGAAGAUCAAUUGGUUGAUUAUAAACGAGAAAUGGAGUGGCAGACGGCGUACGGACGAAUGAAUCGACUUUCUGAGUUGGGAUUCUCGAUCUACUGCAUGUAUAGAGUGGUAACAAUCCUACUAAUUCAACUGCCAACAAUCGUUCUUUCGAGCUGGGGAGUUAUUGGACGUCAGCAGGCGGAGACGGAUCCUUUAUCUACUACUAUAUCACGUCUUGUGGUACGGUUCAUUAACGAUCAAUACGAUGAGGAUCAACUCUCGGUGAUUAUCAACAUGACUUUUGCGAUCUGUUUGUUUGUCUGCUCAUUCAAAGGGGUGGUGAUAACGUUUUCGAAGCUCAGUAAACCAAGUCAUAUGGCAGUACUUGGAAGAUUAUACGAGCUCUUUGUUGCCGAGACUACAGGAAUUUAUGCUCUUUCUACGAUGAUGAUUUUGCAUAGAGGAGGACUUCCGAGUGGGUUGAUAGAGGGAUUUUUCGGAAACGAUCAGUUGGGAGCCGACUUUGUCAACAUCUUGUACACGAAGUGGUUUGGAGUGAGUUGCAUAGUAAGUGGGAUAGGCUUCGGAGUGAUGAAAUGGAUAAACAGACAUAAUUCUGAGUAUUUGGACGAUUGGGACGAGGAAAAGUUGGUAUAA